AUGCCGUCGUCGCCGUCUCGUAAACACGUCGAUCGACGAGGCCAAAUCCAAAUAUCCACUCCCGGGGAAGAAAAUUAUUCCACCAAGAACACGAAAGACGACACCAACGACCACACUCACACCAUCUUCCAAACCGCCCGCGAGACGCCAAACAACGGCUACAAAUCGGAUUUCUCGGAGUAUUCCGACUCCGACUCCGAGGAAGAGGACGAAGAAGUCCUCAACGACGACGUCGAUGCCAUCGCGAGAAGAGAUUCGAGAGAUGAAAUCGCCAGACUGUUUCAGCUGACGGUACGAAUGAGCACGCAAAUCGUCAGCUCGACGCACCGAAGAAAAUUGAGACAAUAUCGGAAUUGCUUCACCGGGAGAGUGGCGGUGCAAUGGAUGCUGGCGAAUAAGAUUCGAAGCAACUUGAAGGAGUGCGUAGAGUUAGGGAACCACAUGGUGAAGCUCAACAUGAUUGUGCCUUUGAAACGCAAGGGCGGGUUCGCGAAUAGGAGUUUCUUGUAUAGGUAUAACUUCGUGGACGAGAAGAAUACAAAGUUUUCCUCUUCCAAUAAUUUGUUGGCGAGAGAUACGAAUAGCGGUUUAUCCACGCAAAGAUUCGUGCAACUGAGCGUAGAGUUAGAGAAGAUGACGGAAGAGAUGAAGAAUUUGGCGAGUCAAACGGAAAAUACGAAGAGCGGAGUGAGGUUUUUAGCGCGAGAGACGGCGGCGAAUAUGGAGAGAGCGGAAAGGAUUAUUAUGGCUAUUCGGACUCAAUUACAUUGGGCGCGGUCUGCCGUCGUCGCUUUGGCGAUUGGGGUGUUGCUGAUGGUGUUUAAUCAGAGGAAGAUGUAUAUGAGCGCAGUCGCGAGUAGUGGUGGUUUCGGAGAGGCGUCUACGGAUUCUACUUUUAAAUUUGGCGUGUUGUCGAUCAUCGUGUCGAGGACGUUGGAAGUGACGGCGAUUGUUGCGCUCUUUGCGGCGAUUGUGAGUUUGUUCUUACAAGAUGGAGGUGAAAUGUUGUCGAAUAUGUUUAUGGAUUCGUCCGAUUUGGAGAAGAGCAACGAAGAGACGAGUUUAAAGAUGACGGGGUUGGACGACAAUGUCGCUAAAGGAGGGAGAUACGGAGGCAACGUCACGUCGCCAUCAUCUUCGGCAAAUCCAAGCCUUCUCGAGCGCACGUCGAGCGUCAUUUCCGUCGGUAACGUUAGUCGACGAUUAUCGUCGAAAUUGCGCCGAAGCAGCAUCGAGCCGCAACUCAGCGCGCGCGAGGAGAUGCGAACUAUGCCAGAAGACUACGCUUCGCCACCGCCGGGCGAAGAUGACGUCAAGUCUUGGAAAGAAAAUCAAAAUGGAGACGUUGGUGUACGUUUAUCUCCUCUGAAUACGUUCCAACGACUCGUUGGAAAUACCGUCUCCGAGCGACAAAAAGAAAGCGGAGACGUGCCGUUGCAAAGACCGUUUCACUUUGAAUCGGAACUUUUUAGCGGCAAGUGCGUGUUUUUCAUACGCAACGUUCCGUCAACGCCGGAAGAAGUGUUCAACGGGAAAGCGAGACAAAUACAAAUCUGUGUUCAAGGUAAAUUCAAAGAACCCGUCCCAAUUGACGAUUUGGUGUUUGGCCAAUUUAUGGUUCGACCGAUGGUUAAUUUACCUUCGCGAUGGUUACUGGCACUCGCCACGAGAGUGUGUCAAUCGUUUGGCGCGAAAUAUACCAUGAUCUUAUCCUCGCCAUCCGAUGCGCGACCAUUCAUUCGCGCGCCUUUAAUAUUAGCCGCCCAAACGAUAUGCGUUUCAAAACCAGGUGAAGAACCGGACGUCACCGGCGCGGCGAUUGAAGAUACGAAUCUUUUAGAGUACAUGCCGAACGAUUUAAGCCACGCGGAAAGGCGAAAGUUCAUUUUGAAAUACCUCAAGCAAAUCAAAAGCGCGCAAUUGAAGAAAACUUCGUCCUCGGGUUCAACUGAACCGGCAGCAAAAGUGCCCGUUUUUGACACCGAGAACGUGUACACGUUUUGCUUCUGGCAGGCGCAGAUUGACUUUUCAAAGUACAUUUGCGAUUUAGGUAUCGCGCAGUUUAAUUUAUCCAAAAUAGUCGACGGUCAACCAUUGGCUGCGGGCUGCAAAACGCGCGAUGGGAGGUUAGCCUUUCGAUUCGAGAUGUGGCACGCAAACAUUGUCGAAGCGGCGAGGAGAGCGUUCGAUUUCGCGCGACACGAGAAACUGGAGAAGGCGCUUAAGUAUCAGGAAAAGAAACCGUUGGCGAGUCCUCAACCGUUGAACGGGUAA